CCAUGCGCAAUCAUGAAACACAUCAACCUUACAAUCGGGUCUACGCGUGCAUCGACAUCAUAGAAGCACGAUCGCAUCUUCGAUUCAGAAGAGAGAGAGCGCACUGUGAGCCUUCAGCAUGGAUGCGACGCCCACACAAGCACAGCUGGCCGCGGCCAGGUUGAAUCCCGAGGCAUUGCAGCACAACACUUCCCAGCUCUACUAUGUGCGCUCCAUUUUGCUCUCCGUUGCUGGCUCGGCAGCUGGCGUGCUAGGCUUGCGAACCUGGGCAGGAUUGUUGGUCUACCUCUCUGCCUUGGUCCUCACCAACAUCCUCCUUGUCCUUCUGCUAGCCAAUCCUUCUCGACCUCAAGCGCACCUGCACUCAUUUGCACUCAAAACCAACGCACCGACCGGAAGGGCAGGUGGAUCCAGCGCCGGAACGCUAGCGCUAGCUUGGGUCGGUUGGCUUUUCGAAGGAGCGCAGGAGUUUGGCUUCAGCUUUGUGCUCUGGUGGACGUUGUGGAGCGCUUUGGUGCAUGUAUACGACUAGACCACGACAGAAUCAAUGUCAUUGAAGGGAGAAGAGAGUGAUGAAGACAUCGACGCGCAAGUUGAAUCCGCUCAUCUAGAUGCUAUUGUAUGCUAAUGGAUGAGUGACGCACUGUCAGAGGAGGGUCUAUCUACACGAGGGCAAAGGCCAGCUUGCACAAUCGAUCAACGUCAAACUUCUCCGGCUCUCUGUGGAAAGUCUGCAGCAGCUCUUCACGUUCCUGUGCACCGCUUGCAUUGGCUACAGCA